UGUGUAUACUGGGGCUAGACACCCCACAAUCACUUGUUCUCUGAUUUUGAGUGGUUGUGAUUUUCUGCAAUGGUCUCUCUCUGUUGCAAAGAGAAGCUUUUUUUGGUGAGGGGUGAGAGCUACACUUUUUUGUAGUAAGUGGAAUUCACUUAGGAAUUGUACUGAUUUAGUCAAGUGGUGGUACUGCAUUCUCCUGUAUGACACAUGCCCUCACUAGCCCCAGCUAAUUUCCUAGCUUUCAAGGACCGGGCAUGAUUUCCGUGCUGUUGAGUAGGCCUAAGUCUAAUUAGAGAGCUGUUGGUGCGGUUUCAGCAGCAUCGGUGGAACAUACGCGUUGGAGAGUUCUGAUGACGAAUUUUUAGACAAUAAGAGAUUCUUGAGCUGAGCCAUGAGUGUGGUUGGUAAUUGAAAGGGAACAAGAAGGGAAGUAGGCAUUUCUGUUCGCAGAAGUCCAGUGGCUUCCAAAACAGAUGAAAUGUGGUCUGAGGGAUGGUGUGACUACAAGCAACUUCCAGGAAAACAAGCACAGGGAUGGUAUCACUACAAUCGACUUCCAGGAAAACAAGCGCCUCCUUGGAACCAUCCCAGUGAUGGCAACCAAAGAUUAAUCAAUGUUGUGCCAAAGAGACCGCCUCUGGGAGACAAGAGAUCAUCUCGGCUAGCCAGACCCAACGAAGCAGGCUACAGUAGAUACUACUGUCAUGUUGAUUACCAAGAAUGGGACAAGGGCCGCUGUUUUACUCAGGAUCCAAGAAGAGCCCCGCCCUACAAAAGAGGCCAUUAUGGCUACCGAUGGUCAAGAGAUGAGUAUUCCACAAGCCAACAGAAUGAAUACAGGGCCAUGAGAAAUGGCUUUAGAAGAAAACGUUUCUAUUCUUCCCAUUAUUCAAGACAACGCUCUCCCCAUAAACGUGGCGCUCCUUUUUUGAGAGAAUCACGUGUGGGCGGGAAGGACUCCCUACACAGCAGAUUUGGAUCCAGUCUCAGCAGUAGAAGCAGGAUGCGCUCCUUCCAUCAGUCUCGAUGUAGAUGUAAAGAGAGAGCCAUCCAGUUUUUGAAAACAUCAAGAGAUACUGUGCCCUCAAGUUCUUCAUCCAAGGUGUUAAAAAGCCCCAGCCGGCUGACUGAGAAGGAACAGGCUGAUACUAAAAUUGAUGUGGACCCUCUGUAG